CAGUCCCUGGAAGAGGAAUAUGAGGACGGAAGCAAUAUUAACAAGAUAACACGUCACACAUUCCCCCACUUUGUUAAUGGGGAGAAAUGAUGGUGUUUAAAUGAUUGCAGAGGUCUUUCUUACCACACCAUGUGCUAUCAGACUGUUCAGUGCAUCCUCUGUCUAUCUGGAAAGGAUGGACCUGGCCAGCUAGGCACAGCUUGAUUGGUCCCCACCCAACUCUCUUUCUUCAUCCACCCCUUCAUCCUUGGACCCUGUUUGGCCACUUCAGCAGGUACCACCAAGCUUGCCUUGCAGACUUUUUGACAUCAUGUAUGUCACUGUGGAGAAGGAGGUGAUGGUAUUUGGCUCAGGUACAAGACUCAUUGUGACAGAUAAUGAAGUCAAAACACCGAAAGUGACCGUCUACCCAGCAUUUACACAUCAACACAAUGGAAGGACCACCCUGCUGUGUCGGGCCAGUGACAUGUUCCCAGACUUGGUGAGGUUUUCAUGGAAGAUGGAGAGAGAAGACGGCCGGUUGGUGGAGGUGCCUGAAGCAGAGAGAGAAGAGCUGGAGCAGAGGGAGGACGGGAGAGUGACUAGUGUGAUCAUCAUCAAGAACCAAAAGGCUAAAACUAAAAAGUACAGCUGUACUGUAAAGCAUGAAGUGGGCGAUGUUGAAGACAUUCCAAAAAGACACAAACAAGAGGAAUCUUCUUUUACCACUGCUGCCUCUCCACCACCCUGUCCACCUCAGAAUCAUACACACGUCUCUCCUGCCGUCCACGUCCCUGAAGAAGUGUUGCAGUCCAUGUGCAGUGUGAACCUGGCCUCUCUGGUUUACACUGUGAUGAUAGUGAAGAGCUUGGUGUACUGCUGUGGGCUCUCCCUCCUGCUGCUCCUCAGGGACAACAAGGGAAGUCCACCACACACAUGGAGAAAAGCUCAUUAAAACCUACAACCACUGCUCAGUAAUAUUGCAUUCCAACUAAUGCAGAUUACGGCAGGAUCUGGAGAUAUCUAGUUUAUUUUGUUACAAAUACAAUUUAUAAAAGAAAUGUUUAUGGGCUAUUUUAUGUAGUGCAAUUUUGCAUUUUUAUGCAUGUAUAUUUGUCAUUUAUAUUUUAAUACCAAAACAAAUACUAUUUGAAUUGAAUUAAUGAAUUAAUGACUAUAAACAUAUUCAUUAACAGAUGAAAAUUCUGCAAAUCUUUAAGGUUCUAUAUCAUGAUCUGUCCACCACACACCUGGACACAUGAUCAGUCCACCACACACCUGGACACAUGAUCAGUCCACCUCACACCUGGACACAUGAUCAGUCCACCUCACACCUGGAGACAUGAUCAGUCCACCCCACACCUGGAGACAUGAUCACUGAUCCCUACUGUCAUUAACGUGACAAUACAUUUAGAGCCCUAAUCUACAUGUAAUCAUUUAUUAGACGCUUUUAUCCAAAGUGACUUCAAAGAGACUUCCUAAUCCUGUCUGUCAAAAAUAUUUUAUGUUUUUUUUUCUCUAGACAUGUGUAA